GGCGAGUGAAAUAUAUAUAAAAAAAGAAGCAAGUUGGACCACUCUCUGCGAGCUAUUUUGCGGGGAGCUGAUUCCUUCACCAGUGCAGGCAGUGUAGCGGCCAGCCCAGCACAGCACCUUAGCAGCGAUGGCUACCCUCCGCGCAGCGAGUAACGGUGCCUGCCGCCUGGCCCACACCCUCCGUGCCGGCUGUCUCACUCAACAGGCGGGGCUUGUCACUUCCUCCGCCAUGAAAACCAAAAUAGGGAAAGUGAAGUUCAACAAGGCUAGCAAGGAAGGUGUUCGCAAGGAGCAAGAUACCUUUGGUGAGCUGGAUGUGCCAAACAGCAAGUAUUAUGGUGCCCAGACUGUCCGCUCUGUGAUGAACUUCCCCAUUGGAGGAGAGAAUGAACGCAUGCCGAUGCCUGUGAUAAAGGCCUUUGGAGUGCUGAAGAAGGCGGCGGCGGAGGUGAAUAAGGAGUAUGGCCUUGAUGCCAAGAUAUCUGAUGCCAUUUCCAAGGCAGCAGAUGAGGUGAUCAGCGGACAACUGUACGAUGACCACUUCCCACUUGUCAUCUGGCAGACGGGCUCAGGAACGCAAUCAAACAUGAACACCAAUGAAGUGAUAGCCAACCGGGCCAUAGAGAUGCUGGGAGGACAGCUGGGUUCAAAGACACCUGUCCAUCCCAACGACCAUGUCAACAAAAGCCAGAGCUCCAAUGACACCUACCCCACAGCCAUGCACAUUGCCACUGCUGUUGAAAUCCACAACACACUUUUGCCUGGUUUGCAAGCUCUGCACAAAGCAUUGGAUGAGAAAGCCAAAGAGUUUGCCAACAUAGUAAAAAUAGGCCGAACCCACACACAGGAUGCCACUCCACUCACACUGGGCCAAGAGUUUGGAGGCUAUGCUCAGCAGAUUGAGUUUGGGAUUGAAAGAGUAAAGGCGUGUCUUCCUCGUGUGUAUAUGCUGGCUGCUGGUGGCACAGCUGUAGGCACCGGCCUCAACACCAGGAUUGGCUUUGCUGAAAAAGUGGCUGCUAAGGUGUCAGAACUGACUGGACUGCCAUUUGUUACUGCACCCAAUAAAUUUGAAGCAUUAGCAGCCCAUGAUGCCAUGGUUGAGGUAUCUGGUGCCCUGAAUGUCCUUGCUUGCUCCAUCAUGAAGAUUGCUAAUGACAUCAGGUUUCUGGCCUCGGGGCCCCGCUGUGGCCUUGGGGAACUCUCCCUGCCAGAGAAUGAACCUGGUUCCUCUAUCAUGCCAGGCAAGGUGAAUCCUACACAGUGCGAAGCUAUCACCAUGGUGGCAGCACAAGUGAUGGGAAAUCAUGUAGCUGUCACAGUGGGUGGCUCCAAUGGGCACUUUGAACUGAAUGUCUUCAAACCUAUGAUGGUGGCCAAUGUGCUAAGAUCCAUUCGGCUGUUGGGAGACAGUUGCCAUGCAUUUGUGAACAACUGUGUUGUGGGCAUAGAAGCCAACAAAGAACGAAUUGACAAACUCCUCCAUGAAAGCUUGAUGCUUGUCACAGCUCUCAAUCCACACAUUGGCUAUGAUAAGGCUGCUAAGAUAGCCAAGACAGCUCACAAGGAGGGCUCUACUCUGAAGGCUACAGCUCUUAAGCUUGGCUACUUAACAGAGGAAGAGUUUGAUAAGUGGGUGCGGCCUGAGGACAUGUUGGGGCCCAAGUAAAUACCACAUUGCCAACCCCUCACUGCUUACAUCAUGAUCAAAGGCUGAACCAGAAUGGUGUAAGUCAGCAGACAUCCAGCUUGCCUAUGCAUUUGAAUUCUGGGUAUGUAAUAAGUUUUCAAAAUGUGUUUGUUAUUAAUUCGAUUUUCAUGAGUUACAAACGUAUUAAGAGUGUACAAAUGUAGGCUGAUAUAAUUUAAUCUGUUGCUAGUUAUCCCUUCAGUAUCUAGAUGUACAAGGAGAGGUAAUUUAGGAAGGUAUAGGAGGGAAAACUCAACAGAUCUCACUCCCAGUGAAAUAACAAAGGCUUUCCAAUAUUGAGCUUCAGCUGCUGUUAGGUUCCAUUCAGCCAAUGAUAAAGUCCUCUAAUGUGUUGAUGUAUUCACUUUGUUUCCUGCUGUAGUGUCUGGAGAAGCUUGUUGACUUUUGGCUUUAUUUUUUUUAUACAUCAAGAUCUGGAGUCCUGCUUGUUUGUCAUGCUAAUCAUAAUGUCAUGCAACCCUUGCCUAAUGUGUCCUGUCAGUCUUUGGGUUUGGAUGAUAGAUACUCUUCCAUCAUUGUGGAUUUAGUGACAGCAGCAACAGUAAUCCAUAUUCACCCCAGCCUAUCAAGCUUACUUAUGGGAAUGAAGUUAACAUAGUUAUAAACAGGUCAAUACUGGUCAGGGAACAGUGCUGGUGACAUGCUUUGAUGGGAUAUAUUGAGGACCUCUUAUUGAGACUAACGGUGUCACUGUAUAUAGUGGUUAUUAUUUUUAAUGGCUUAACUAUGUACCAUUAAGUGCUGCUCUCAUAAAAUAUUAAAAAACUGACGUUUUGUAAAAUCACUUUGAGGUGGUAUUUUUAAAUGUAAAAGUUAAGGACCUGUAAAUACUGGCUAUGUAUUGUUGAAGGUUUUACAAAAGAUUAUGAGUAUGGAUGAUGCACUUUUGUGUACAUAUGUAAUAAAUUACAAAGUAUAA